CUCAUCUCUAAUUUAUUUGCCCAAUCGUUAUUUCUUUCCCCCCUUUUAUUCUUUAUUCAUAAACUUUUAUCAUUGACAUUGUAAAUUAGACCAGCAGAAUUAGAAGCUAGAAUUUGAACAUUCUAAGCUAAACUUUAAGAAUUCACCUACCGACUAUUAUUUUAUUGCACCUCCAUUUAGCUACGACUACACAUUAUUUAAUUUAUUAUAUUACAAAUAGCCAUCGCUUAACAUCAUCAUAUGUCAAUUUAAAUGCUUAUUUGAGCCAGUCAUUGUAUGAACCAUUCUUCUCUACAAAGAAAAAAACAAUGGAGGGAAAUUCAAUACCAACAACUAUGGCUAUGAACCAGAAUGGAGCACAGAGAGGAAGAGCAUCAUCAAGGGAUACCCAAAUGAUUACAACAAAGGGAAACUGGGUUGAAGAGAUGCGAGGUUCUCUAAUGGUUGUAGCGACGGUUAUUGCAACCCUAACUUUCCAAAUUGCAAUAAACCCCCCAGGGGGCGUUUGGCAACAGGACUCAAAUAACCAACAGGGUUGUGCUUCUGGAAACACCUGCAAAGCUGGCACUUCUGUUUUGGCCACUUCCUCUCAUGACAAAAACCAACGCUUGAAAUACGAAAUGUUCAUACUCUUAUGCACUGUUUCUUUCACUGCAUCACAGACUGUGAUUCUUUUUCUGCUUACUGGCUUUCAGCUGCGUAAUAGGCUGGUCAUGUGGUUGUUGAUUCUUGUUAUGUGCCUUUCGGUUAUUUGCUUGGCUGGGGCUUAUGUGAUCUCCAUUUGGAUGGUCAUGAAGCCACUUGACAAGUUGAUUAACAAAAUCACCUGGUAUUAUGCCUUGUUUUGGGUUGGAUUGGUUGCUCUGCUUUGUCUCGCACUCUUGCUUCGCUUUCUCAUCUGGCUGCUCAAGGCGUUCUUCCGGUUUUUAUGUUGUUGCUAAUGAUCCUGAAUCCGAUUUUUAGUAGUGUUUGAUUGUUGUAAGUUAAUAUUUGCGAUAGUAAUUUAUAAUGAUUCUAUAAAUAGUUUGUAUCUUGUACUCAUUAGACAUAAUUCAAUACACAUAAAUCCAUUUGCUUAGUUUUUUUUUU